AUGGAUCCAGAUGGUUCUCUGACCAAGGAUACGAGAUGUUUCACAAGUGACGAGGACUACAUUUCGUAUGUUUCCCCGUUGCAUGAAGCGCUUAGAGGUACAACCGCUAUGCCAACGUUGGAAGAGUUCCAGAAGAUGAAAAACCCAAUGCCAAUUUCAACUCCAUAUAUGAAUAGUAUGCCCAUCAACCCAGAGCACGGAGAGUCCAUGUUUCCGUUCGAUGAACACUCCAUGAAUGGACUUGCGCGUCUUCCACCAGCACUCCCGUCCAGCUCGGUUCUUGUUGCACCACCGGAUAGCGCAAGUCCGUUCAAGGACAACUUCACCGUUAGUCCAUUCAUUGACAACUUCACGAUCUUUACCAUGGAGACCCAUUCUGCGAUCCAAGGAAGUCCGCUUGCCAUCAUGGAUGCCAACCUUAACUCUAGUGGAGUUUUCAAUAUUUCUCCGGUCUUCGAGUAUUCUGAAUUGCUAGUCUCCAAGGAUCAGAAGCCAUAUACAAUCCUAGGGCCAUCAUCAUAUGAAGAACUUUGUGGGGUCCUACCACUUGUCAACCAAACACCUUGUACAGUCCCAGAAUCUACCCGUGGGCGAAUGGCGAUGCAGCAAACAAUGAUGGGUGGCCUUAGUGUUAUGUUUCAAGCAAAUCCUGCACCCUGUACCAUCUCAACAGCGGCUCGACUAAGAUUGGAUGAGUACACAUGUAGGCAGUGUAACAUCAGGUUCAGAACACCACAAGCAUAUGGUGGCCACAUGAGCUACCACAGCAAAAUUAAUAAAAGGAUCCUACUUGGAUAA